CGCCAUGGGGGCCGGCGGGCUGCGGGCGGUGCACUCGGCCCUCAGCGCGGCCGUGGCGCUGGGGCUGCUGCUGCACCGCACAGACCUGCAAAGGCAAGAGGAGCAUGGCGAGCUGCUGCAGCCUCUGGUCUUUGUCCUGCUGGUUCUGUGCUCCGUCCUGCUCUACUUUAAGGUGUCCCUCAUGGAUCCGGGUUUUGUGCAGGCAGACGAGGAAGUCCAGCCAGGAAAGACUGAAGAACAAAGUAUGGUGACACCUGCACUUCCAAGCAAUGUUAAGAUGCGGCGUUGUGGCUACUGCAUGGUGAAGCAACCAAUGCGAGCCAAGCACUGCCAGCUGUGCCAGCACUGUGUCCGGCGUUAUGACCAUCACUGUCCCUGGAUUGAGAACUGUGUAGGAGAGAGGAAUCACCCUCUCUUCAUAGUCUACUUGAGUGUGCAGCUUGUAGUUCUGCUGUGGGCUUGGUAUAUUGCUUGGUCAGGUCUCUACUUUGAACCAUCCUGGGACUGGCUGCAGCAUAACAUUUUCCUCAUCAUGUCCUUCCUCCUGAUAGUCAUAUUCACAAUUGUAGUCCUAUUGCUGCUUAUUUCACACCUCUACCUGGUCUCAUGCAACACCACCACCUGGGAAUUCAUGUCACAUCAUCGCAUCUCCUACCUGAAACACUCAGAGUUGGAGAAUCCCUUUGACCAAGGGGUAAUCCUCAACCUUUGGAGAUUCUUCUGUUCAUGCCACUUCACUGCAUGGGAGAAAAUCUACUUUCACAGGGACAGUGAACUUGUCUAGUCACAGUAGGACCUACUUAGUAACAUGCCAACACAACUGCAGGUUGCUGGAUGACGUUUUACUAACAUAAGUGCUGCUGUUUCCUUGCAUGGAACUUAAGUAUAUAAUGAACUAUACAACUUGUUCCACAGCCUGCCCAUCCAUAAAAGCAAAUUACAUUUCAAGAACGAUAAUCAAGAUUAUCCUUUAUAUAUGAAUAGCACUGUUAAAGGAAAGGCAUUGGUUCUGGGAAGGUCAGAUUUUUUUUUUUGGACUAAGCAAAAGUCUCUCUCUAAAUUUACUUCCUUUUUGUUAACUGCGUCCAGAUCUCUUCAGAAGAAAUGCAAGAAUAGUGUGAAAAGGUACAUGCACUUCUGCUCCCUAAAGUUUCCCUUUUGUAUUGCUGCUAGGAAAGAGCAGCUGUUACAAACAAGUGAGCCAGAAUCAAUGUAAUUCAAUAUAAUAUAAUGUGGCCUUUCUUCAACAUAGUUCUCACUAUGAGAACCACCAUGCCUUGUCAGUAGUGCUGGACAAACUGAAAAAUUUUGAGUAAAUACAGAGUCAAAAGCAAAUUUAAUUUUGAAUACAUGCUUAAGUCUUACAGGCUUAUUAAGCCUCAAAUCUUUGUGACAAUGUUAAUGUGUAUAAGAAACAGCUUUAAGGCACAAACUUUAUCUGAGAAUUAGCCUAAUACUUUGUCAUGCCCUGACUCACUUCCUAACAGCAGCAUCAACUUAAAAAAAAGAAAACUGUACACAGUCCAGACACUAUUUCAAAUGCAUCUGGCUAAGAAUGAUGCCAUUCACGUUUUACUGGACACAAAAGCAACUCUUGCCUACCACGUUAUUUCUGCAGAGAGCUUCAUGCCUUAGCCUUUAUUGUAGCUUCUGGGGCAAAGAGCCUUUACUUAAUUUACUAUAUAUACAGACAGGAAAAAUACUAAACUAAUAGUGGAGGUGUUAAUUCUUGCAUUGCUCAAGUAACACUAGUGGUAAUACUGCUACCUCAACAUCUUAGUAAAAUUUUAAAAAAAGAAUACAAAGUUUCAAUGUGAGGAAAGAUUCUAGGUCCUAUUUAUUUCUGUGGUCUUGGGGGGUGUCAAGAGCUUUUUAGGAUAGGAGCAAGAUUACUUGUUUUCCAUUGUAAUAGUUCACACUUCAAGUUUCCAUGAAGGACUACAAAGAAGGCUGGGAUAAGCACCUCUCCUCUCAGCUUUAAAAGCAAAAAAGCCUGCGAUGCAAACUUUAGUCACAACUUUUUUUUUUUUCAGUAAAAAAGUCUUAGUUAAAGUUAUUUUGUGCCUUGAAUUCCUUAACUCAGGAGUUAACACCAAUUCAGGAGCGCAUAUAGCAAGCCAGUAGGAUGCACUCAGGGUUGAUGAGCACUCAGGAAAGGGAAGUGCAGAGUCACUGAUAAAGCGCUAUAAUCCAAAAGCACCAUAAAAACAGCUGGAGGAUCCCAUUUUUUGGCCAGUUCCAGAGCUUGUAAUUUAUGUCCAGUCUGGUUUGUUCAGGGCAGAAGCUCUUCCCAGAGGGCUGUCAAAACAUUCAAGAAUUUCUUUCCAUCAUAACGAUGUACAAUCCCUAAAGGAUUGUGUAAUUUAUCCGUAUCAGUGUAGCAUCUACCAAACUAUGGCUCAUCUGCCACUUAGCAAUUACUGGUUCUUCAGUUAUCAGACAAAUGAUACUCAAAACACAUUACUACUCUGUUUGGUGAUUCUUUGUUAAAUGCUUGUGGAUGGUAAAUUAUAGUCUUUUUACUCUACUA